AUGCGAUAUAACAGACAAACGAACGUGGAUUUCAGUGUCGAAGAACAACCCACAAACGUGGUGUGGAUGAAAGGGAGAGUCACGCCAGGGCAGCUCACAUCCUAUAUUCAGCUCUUCAAGAACAACCCCAAAGCUCUAAUGAAUCACUGUGGGCUCCUACAGCUUGGGCUGGCCACAGCUCAAACUUUGAAACACCCGCAGAGUGCCAAGUGGGACAACUUUCUGGCUUUCGAAAGGCUCCUUCUCCAGAGCAUUGGGGAGUCGGCGAUGUCUGUUGUAUUAAAUCAGCUGUUGCCCAUGAUUAAGCCCUCAAAUCAGAGGACUAAUGACGACUACAGCCCUGAGGAGCUGCUCAUCCUCCUCAUAUAUAUUUAUUCUGUCGCUGGAGAGUUCACAGCGGACAAAGACCUGGGUGACGCUGAAGAAAAAGUGCAGAAAGCAUUGGCUCAGGUCUUUUGUGAGGAGUCUGAGUUGUCACCUUUGCUGCAAAAACUCACAGGUAGUGUCCUCAUUGUUUCCUAUCACCGCUGCCUCUGUGUGACCCCUCAUCCUUCCCAGACACUCCUGGUUUAUGUCAUUCCAGAAGAGUAA